CCGGUUCACUGCUCCAUCAAAUCCCCCCAAUCAUCAGCCUACUUGAUAUAUGCUCGGCCAACAACUCUGAUACUGUCUCUCUCUCUGUAAAUCCUAGGGACGACAAACCAUGUCGACGAUCUAGCAAACAAAGCCCUAAAAUUUUCUCUCUCAAUCUUCUCCCAAUUUCCCCUACUUCUCUUUAACGUAUAAAUAACUUACAUAAUUUUUGCCUGAAAUUGAGUUUUACCAAUUAUAUAUACACUUUUCUUUAUAGAUAUAUCUUUUUGGGUCUACGUUCAUCUGGGUUUUCUUUAUAGCCAAAGAAAAAGGGCGUUUUGAGCUGAAUUGACUCACUGAGUUCAGAUUCAACGAGUCAAGCUGGUUGUUUUCUGCAUGGUUUUGAUAUUUGAGGAGGUCGCAUAGUUGAAACCAUGGGCAGUAGCGAGAUGGACAAAUCCUCCAAGGAAGGGAAGGAAGCGAAGGAGCCCAAAACUCCUACUUCACAGGAGCAGCCUUCAAUUACAGGCACAAGCACGGUUACUGGCGACUGGCCUGGCUUUCAGGCAUAUUCUCCUAUGCCUCCACAUGGAUUCUUGGCGUCCAGUCCUCAGGCACAUCCCUAUAUGUGGGGAAUUCAGCAAUUUAUGCCACCCUAUGGUACUCCACCACAUCCAUAUGUCGCUAUGUAUCCUCAUGGGGGCAUAUAUGCACAUCCAACUAUGCCUCCGGGGUCUUAUCCUUUCAGUCCUUUUGCCAUGUCUCCAACUAGUAUUGCUGAAGCUUCUGGUAGUGCACCUGGAAACAUGGAGGUAGAUGGCAAGUCAUCUGAGGGGAAGGAAAAACUUCCUAUCAAAAGAUCCAAGGGAAGUUUGGGCUCUUUGAACAUGAUUACUGGGAAGAACAGUGAACCCGGUAAAACAUCAGGACCAUCUGCAAAUGGUGUCUAUUCAAAAAGUGCUGACAGUGCCAGUGAAGGUUCAAGUGAAGGAAGCGAUGCAAAUUCUCAAAAUGAGUCACAAAUGAAGUCAGGAGGCCAGCAAGAUUCCGGCGAAGCAUCUCAGAAUGGCAGUGGUACACAUGGCUCUCAUAAUGGAGGGCCAAAUACACCCCAUUCAACGGUGAAUCAACCUAUGCAUAUCAUGCCAGUGUCUGGCAGUGCAGGUGGUGUUCCUGGCCCCACCACUAACCUUAACAUUGGUAUGGACUACUGGGCUGCAGCUCCACCAUCCGCUAUUCCUCCAAUGCGUGGUAAGGUGUCUUCUGCUCCAGUGACCGGAGGAAUGGUCACUGCUGGAUCACGGGACAAUGUCCAAUCCCAGAUUUGGAUACAGGAUGAAAGAGAGCUCAAAAGACAGAGAAGAAAACAGUCAAACAGAGAAUCAGCUCGUCGAUCGAGAUUGCGAAAACAGGCAGAAUGUGAUGAACUGGCCCAGCGCGCUGAAGCCAUGAAAGAAAAAGAAAGGCGAAAGAUAUUGGAGGAGAUCAUAUAUUGCUUGAUUGUACAAAGAUUUGUAGACAAUGGCAUUUCGAUGAUCCCAAAGAUAUCUUCAACGUCUGAUCCUGCUGGAAGGGUGGAUUUUUGGCCAAAUCAAGAACAGAAGCUGGAGUCCGUGCACUCUCCCGAGGCAUUUGAGAUGAUUCUUAGCCACCUGUCUCUUGUCCUCGGCGAGCGUACGGUGGGACCCCUCGAUACUAUUGUUCAGAUCAGCAAAGUAAAACUCGGAAAGCUAUAUGCUGCUUCUAUUAUGUAUGGAUAUUUCCUCAGAAGAGUCGAUGAAAGGUAUCAACUUGAGAGAACGAUGAAUACCCUUCCAGAAGGUUUCAAUGAAAACUUGGCACGAUUUGAAGAGCCUGUACCGGAAAAGCAGCAAUGGGAUCCAGAUUCUUUGAUACGAAUCUAUCCCGAUGAUGGUGAUGGAGGAGGUCUAACAGAUUCCACCACCGAGGGUAAAUCAUACAGAUUGAGAUCCUAUGUAAUGUAUUUGGAUACAGAAACGCUUCAAAGAUACGCGACCAUAAGAUCUAAAGAAGCGAUUUCUUUGAUUGAAAAGCAGACACAGGCAUUGUUCGGGCGGCCUGAUAUUAGGGUCACAGGAGAUGGCUCCCUCGAUACGUCAAAUGAUGUAGUUGUUUCUGUUACGUUCGCUGGACUGACCAUGCUGGUACUGGAAGCAGUUGCAUUUGGUUCAUUUUUAUGGGAUGCUGAAAGCUAUGUAGAGUCCAAGUACCAUUUUAUUAACAGCUAGAGGUAUUUUUCUUCUUUAUGACCCGUCUGGAUAAGUAAAUAACGUUUCAUCUUUGUAAAUUACCGUGCAUAUCAAUAACCUUUCAAAGUACAUUGAAAA